GGAGCACUCGUUGCCGUUGCCAUGGCCACAGCCGGUCCGGUCCCGGGGGUUCCUGCCGCCAUGUCUCUGAGCAGGAAUCUGGUUCUGUCGCGGGCGAAGGCCUCGGACCUGGACACUGUUAGAAAGCUAAACUGUUGGCAUUUACAGGGAAAAAUAGAAUAGAAUUCAUGGAAAACUACAUAAACAAAGAAUGACAACCAACCAACCAACCAACCUACAAAAGAAGACAAACUAUGCAAAUAAAAAUAAUACUGAGAACAUGAGUUGUUAACAGUCCUUGGAAGUGAGCUUGUAGCUCAUAGAAUCAGUUCAGAGUAGUGGUGAUUAACUUUAUCCAUGCUAGUUCAGUAACCCGAUGGUUGUAAGGGGAAGUAAUCUGAAAGAUCUGUCUGUAUUAAGGGACAUGCCUAACAUAGAGGUGAUUACCUUAAGUGUGAACAAUAUCUCAUCUUUAGUGGAUUUCCAGUACUGUCAGAAUAUCAGUGAACUUUACCUCAGGAAGAAUAAUAUACAAAAUCUGACAGAAAUCUGCUAUCUCAAAGGACUACACCGCUUAAGAGUACUGUGGUUGUCAGAAAAUCCUUGCUGUGGGACGGAUCUCCACAAAUAUAGAAUGACUGUACUCCGGAACUUGCCACAACUGCAGAAGCUGGAUAACCAAGCGGUGACAGAGGAGGAACUGGCUCAAGCUUUAGAGGAUGGAGAUGAGAUUGCUUCUGUGUCGGGCAAAGAACCAAUGGAGUCAACAAUCAGCCACUCAAGGACAGAAUCCGGCACAUCUGAACCAAGCACUGAAAUAGAAAGUGAUCUCUUAAGCUUCAGAAUGGAGGAAACAAAUAAGAUCAGAGAGGAGCUUGGAAUGAAACCAUUGGGAAGAGAUAAAUUUUCCUCCUCUGUUGUAUUGAAGGAAAUAAAUGCAAGCAACAACAACAGAAGGCGCACCUCAAAUGUGCUGAAUGCUGUCCUGCUGCUGUUGAAAGAGCUCGAUGCAGAUGGACUGGAGAUUGUGCACAGAACAGUAGAGCAUAAACUCAGAACGUUACAUAGGAAAGAGGCUGAACAGGAGAGAUGAAUGCAAAUGAUAUGGGCAAUUUGAUUUCCAUCUUUGUGAACGUGGUUUCAAAAGUCAAUAGUCACAUCGCAGGAGUUUAUACAGAAAAUAUAAGAGAUCAAGUACCUGCAAAUUAUCUAUCUGCAUCAACCCCUGUGGAGAUACCACCCUCUGUAAUCACCAAGCUUGGCCUGAUGGGAGAAUCAGGACUCACCAGUCGCAUGCGCAGGGAUGGAGGGUUAACUUCACAAUACAAAAGACUGGGUACAGGAAAAAAAAACAACAGAGUGCUAUUUAAUCUGAAUUAACACCUGGGAGAGAGAUUAAUGGACGGAACCUGUCACAGUACAUGUAUUGGGCAUGGGGAGGUGGAAGAAAGUAGUGACUUAAAUUCAAGUUUACUACAAGAGGUUAAAUCUGUUCUUAUCAUUGAUACACUAGUGGAACUUUGCCAUCCAACAUGUUGUGAUCUGAAUUGAGCAUAGAAAUUGUAAGCUCAGAUAUGUUAUACUGUUAACCUGGUUACUGAUAGCACUACACUGCAGAUUCUGCUUCAGAUCGUAUCAGCAAAUAAAUUCUUUAGAUUACACCGACUGGCAUUGCAUGAAGCUUUACCAUUAUCUGAUCAAAAUAAAAUCAUAUUUAAUCAUAAUCCUCAUGUUUGACUGCU